AAUUUUAAUUCAAUCUGAGAUCCCUAGGAUUAAGUCUAUGGGUGGAGUUAGUGUGAGUUUUGCGCUGGGCUAAUCCCACAGGCUGUACGCUCCCUCGGAGACAGAACCCAGGGCAACAAAUGUUACGUCAUCAACGGUCGACCCGGUGCCCCGGAAGUAUCUUUGUUGCGAAUGAGCGACUGGUUUUCAUUCAUUAAGCAAAAAAGCGGUUUGGUUAAAUUAUCAAAACAAGAAUAUUAGUCGAGGUCGAUUUGAACAUCACAACUGAAAUGUUUUAUCAUAUUUCUCUGGAGCAUGAAAUCUUACUACACCCGCGGUAUUUUGGUCCGAACCUCCUUAACACCGUGAAGCAGAAGCUUUUCACAGAAGUGGAGGGGACCUGCACUGGCAAGUAUGGCUUUGUCAUUGCAGUCACCACCAUUGACAACAUUGGGGCAGGUGUAAUCCAACCAGGCAGAGGGUUUGUCCUGUACCCAGUCAAGUACAAGGCCAUUGUUUUCCGCCCAUUUAAAGGGGAAGUGGUGGACGCUGUGGUCACUCAGGUUAACAAGGUCGGACUGUUCACAGAAAUUGGUCCCAUGUCUUGCUUCAUCUCUCGCCAUUCCAUCCCCUCAGAAAUGGAGUUUGACCCCAAUUCUAAUCCUCCUUGUUAUAAGACAGUUGAUGAGGACAUUGUAAUCCAGCAAGAUGAUGAGAUCCGGCUAAAGAUUGUGGGAACAAGAGUGGACAAGAAUGACAUUUUUGCUAUUGGAUCUCUUAUGGAUGAUUAUCUGGGUCUUGUGAGCUGAUUCUCCCCAGAGUAAACACAUCGCAUGGGACACGUUAUGUAGUAGCCUUUCUUUCUUUGUGAAAAUGAAUAUUUUCUUGCAGUAACUGAUAUGGUUUGAUGACAGGUGGUGAAGCCCCAUAGCUACUUUCUUUUAUUAUUAUGCUGUACAGUCAAUAGUUGUAGGUUUUUAUUGGAAGUGAUGCAAGAUUUCAAGAAAAUGUUGUAACCAACAAUACAGAAGUAAUUCUUACACUUGAGUUUUUCAGAUAUAAUUCAUAAUUUCUAUCUGAACUAUAUAUGGUUUGUUUUUUAUUUUGUAUGUGGACUGUAAUAAAGUAUUUUAAUUGUCUUUA